AUGCCGCCCCUCCGCAUUUUCUCUCUUUCGCUGUCAGGGCAGCGUGAACACCCCAGCACAGCUGCAAGGUGGCAGGUGUGCAUGUGCACGGCAGAGAGCAUGCACACAAGGUGGCAGGUGUGCAUGUGACCGGAUUCUGUGCUGCUUAGGUGGUGCUGAUCAGCGUCGAGGGUGUUGUCAAAGGAGCACAGCAGCGGCACGGCGGCAGCGGGCAAUGAGACCGCCACACGACGUCAGAUGGCAAGGUGAGACACGGCAUGCAGGACAGGUGUGUGAGUGUCCCGCUUUCACUUUCACGUGCAUGUGCAUGUGUGCGUUUUCAGAUAACUGACUGGGUGCUACUCGUCCACAACCACAACGACACACAUGCAAGGUACACACGACACACAGCCACAAUGCAACACAGGACAAUCCCAUCCUGCCUCUCUUUCACCCUCAUGAAGGUUCGUCCGGACGAGGCAAGUAGGUCGCAUACCAAAGGACAGUGGUGCUGUGCUGCCGGAGUUGGCAGGUACGUACGUCAGGAAGCCAGAUAGAUGCACUCACUGGGCGUGGACGUGUUGUGUGGCUGCAUGUGUUGUGUGCGUCUGUCUCUUCAGGCAGGUGUUGUAGGCGAGCCCUGGGGACCACCCUGCCAUCCACUGAGAUCUCCCUCGUCCACCCACUCACCCAAGGAUCUUCUUCUCUGUCUAGCUAG